CCGCAAGCACCCUUCCCUACCCAUAAACCAACAUGCCCUCAUCCCGCCGCCUCCUCUACACCACCUCAACAACAGCUAUAUUCCUCCUCCUCUUCACCCUCACCAUAAUCCUCACCUCAAACCCCCUCCCCACCCUAACCCACCACCUCCAACACCACAUCUGCCCAACAAACCCUCCCCCCAUCACCCGCAAAUUCCAUCCCCUCUCCACCACUCCCACCUCAUCACCAAACACCACAUGGACCUCCCUCCUCCCCCCCAACGGCGGAACCCUCAAAGUCCACACUCCCAACAACACCAUAACCUCCUACGGAAUCUCCAUGUUUCAUCAACUCCACUGCCUCACCGUCCUCAGAGGACUUAUUUUCCCUGAGACAUCCCAACACCAUAGUCCAUCUCAUUCGGGCGAUGACCAUGAGGAUAGAGUACAUUGGGCUCAUUGUUUUGAUUAUAUUGCGCAGGGAAUUAUCUGUGCAGCGGAUGAUACCAUCGAGGUACCUCAUUUGGCCUUGAAUAAAGAUGGGAAACGGGUGUGGAUUAUUGAUGGGAUGGGACAGACGCAUCGGUGUAGGGAUUCGGGGGUGUUAUGGGGGGUUGUGAGUGGGAGUGAGGAGCGUCCGGUGGAUGGGGAGAAAGUGAAGGGGAGUGUUGGGGAGAGUGAGGGCACCACCUAA